CCCGGGGGCGCCCGGCGGAGCCCCUUCCACCCCUACCAGCGGCCGGGGCCGGCGGAGCCCUUCCCCGAGGCGCGGCUGGCCCUGGCGAGGGAGGCCGGCCAGCCCUUCCCGGCCGGCGCGGCCCAGGACGCCUUCGACGGCUUUCCCGCCCAGCUGCCCCACCUGGGCCCCGAUCCGGCCUGGAGCAGCGGGACGCCGCACAGCAGCCUCGGGCAGGAGCCCCACCUGCCGCCGGCCCAGGAGGCCCAUGCCAGGCUGAAAACAGCCCCCCUGGAGGAGCAGCCCGGCCCCUACUGCUGCCAGCCCCACGGACCCCCAGGGUACUGCACCUCCCACCCCUUCCACCAGUAUCUCGCCAGCAACGCCCUUCCGCUCCCCUUCCUCUCGGCUCCCCACCACCCCUACCAGAGGAUGGGGCUGCCAGGACCUCCACAGCCACCACCACCACCCCUCUUUCCAAAGCCCAUCUACUCUUACAGCAUCCUCAUAUUUAUGGCCCUCAAGAACAGCAAAACCGGGAGUCUACCUGUCAGCGAGAUUUACAACUUCAUGACCGACCACUUCCCUUACUUCAAGACGGCUCCCGAUGGUUGGAAAAACUCGGUCCGGCACAACCUGUCCCUGAACAAAUGCUUUGAGAAAGUGGAGAACAAGAUGGGCAGCUCCUCGCGGAAGGGCUGCCUGUGGGCCCUCAACCCGGCCAAGAUUGACAAGAUGCAGGAGGAGCUCCAGAAGUGGAAAAGAAAGGAUCCCGUGGCUGUCCGGAAAAGCAUGGCCAAGCCAGAAGAACUGGAGCUGCUGAUUGGAGACAAGACGGAGAAGCUGCUGUCCUGCAGCCCGGCCAGAGCUGGGGGUCCCUCCGUCUCCGGCCAGAUGCCGCUCCAGCCGCUGCCUGUCUACGCCCAGAACGGGCAGGGGACCCUGCCGUCCCCUCUCCCGGCCCAGAGCCCUCCAGGAUGCGGGAUGAAGAUGCUGUCGGCCUCCCGCCCGGAGCUGCUGCUGCUGGACGGCGACCUCAGCAUGGACGUCGAUGCCCUGAACCCCUCCAUCACCGGCUUCGACCUGCAAGGGAACCUGUGGGAGGUGCUAAAGGACGACAGCCUGGCGGGGGAGCCCCUGGGCCUCAUCUCGGGACCCCCGACGGCUGCCCAGGUGGACUUCCUGGCCCCCAGCCCCCUGGAUGCCAGCCCCGGCAGCGACCAGCUCCACCAGCAGCACCACAGCUUGCCUGGCGUUCAACUGACCACGCUUUACUCGGCCUUCGUGGACCUGGACACCGGCCCGGCCCCCGCCUAUCUGAACCCUCCAGGCUCCAAACCGGUUGCUCUGGUCUAGACCCCGGGCCAGACCGGUGGCGAAGUUUGGCCCAAACCCUUCACAAGGGUGUGCAAACCCAGUGCCCGGUCCCCAGCCAUACCCACGGUGCCUCUUGACCCGCCAUCCUGCCUGGGGCCACGUGGCCCGGGAUGAACGAAUGGCUCGCCACAAACCAGGAUCCUGCACCAUCAUCAGAAAGCACUUUGGCUGAGAGUGCAGACCAGAUCCGACCGUGUGGAUUUCUUUUAUUUCAAAGGCAACUGCUUUGCUUUUUUAAAAAAAAUUUCCGGUUUACCUGUGUGCAGGUGUGCGUGUCUAUACACCUGCCCAGCCCUCUACAAGAAUCCCAGUUGCUCAUUUGGAAAAAUUAUUUGCUCACCCGGGACCAAGGACCAAGAUUACCAGCAAUGCCGUUGGCAAAAGAACGUUCAAAUCAGGCUCCGGAUGGCUUUCCGGAUGUGAGUUCAAAUCUAGCCCAGAGAGGGGGAGACAAAGGGGACUGGAGGGGGAGAGGCUGCCUUGCCCAGGUGGUGCCAGGGCUGAAGACCGACACACCUCGCUUGGGCAAGGCUGGCACGGAAGAAGCCAGUUGCUGGGAAGCUUAGCAGAACUGGCCCACACCCGGCGCCCGGUGCUCCAAAGGCAGACAGUGGACAGGUGGCAAAUCUGUUUGUCGAAAGCAAUUUCAUAAAAUGUUAUUUAGUGUGUUACGGAUUAGGAAUGUAGAAUUUUGGACCAAAGUAUUCACCCUCUGGGGCAUUUUAAUUUUACAAGGCCGGUUUGAAUCAGAGGGGUGAAGAAAGGGGCAGAACCUCUGGAAGACCUUCCAAGCAAUUUUAUUUAUACAAGUCACAUCUCCAAAGUGCAUUUAAACACCAGGGGUGUGCAAUGUUGGUGACUUGAAGACCUGUGGACGUUGAAGUCCACAACUGUUCCAGUUGCCAUCAUUGCAAACCCUUUGGUCUAGCUCAAGGGUAGGCAACCUUGGCUCUUUUAUGACUUGUGGACUUCAACUCCCAGAAUUCCUGAGUCAGCAUGGGGGAACUAUGGCCCCCUUCAUGAUUGGUGGACAGGAAUUCUGGGAGUUGAAGUCCACCAGUCAUAAAAGCCAAGGUUGCCUACCCCGGAGCUAGCUAGCCAGGGAAUUCUGGGAGUUGAAGUCCACCACUCUUCAAGUUGCCAACAUUGCACACCCCUGGUGUACACCCAAGUAAUGCUUGAUUAAUGUACAACAAUUCCAGUUUUCACCUUUAAUGAAACCAUGCAAAGGAUACUCCUUCGCAGCUUGUUUUUCCUCCACUUCCAAGCACUCCGUUGUUUUGUCACAAGUCUCUGUUCAUUUUAAAGGGAAGGGCGCCCUCUAGUGGGGCCUACUGACUAGUGAGGCUACCGAUGCCAGCGUGGUUGUUCCUGUGGCGCCAUCUAGUGGCCUCUUUGGGGAAGCCAGGCAGAGUUAGAAAAGAAUAGAGCCGGAAGGGACCUCAAAGGGCUUCUAGUCUAACCCCUGCUCAAGCAGGAGACCUAUAGGGCCUCCUGCUUGAACAAGGGGUUGGACUAGUCCAGGCCUUUUCA